UUCUUAUCUAGAAGAUACAGAUUUAUCUGUUAGUACCAAUGAACCUCAAACUAACAAUGAAAUAUGCACAAAGAAUGAUAAUGAAAGUAUGCUAAUAUUCAAUUUAGUUUUUAUUUUUAUUUUUUCAAUUUUGAAAAUUGAUUUGAUUAAUAUAAAUAAUAUUAAAUGAAAAUGUGUUUAUUUAUUUAGAACAAAGUCUUCUUCUCGAUGGAUUAACAUAUAUACAAGAUGAUGUUCAGUUAAUGCAUACUAGUGGUCAAAUAGCUGAAGCAUCGUUAAAUAAUGAAACUAGUACUGAUAUUGUUCAAUCUCGUACUCUAUCAAAUAAGAUAAAUAAUAUUGACGAACAAUCAGCUGCAACACAAUUAACAAGUGAUUGUUCAUCACCUCAAACAUCAGAUAUUGCACCGACUGUUACUAAUCCCACUGAAUCAACUUCACAAACAAUCUUGUCUUGUACUUAUACAUCAGUUGUACAUGUUCCAAAAUCGCCAACUGCAUUCGACACAAGUGAUGAAUCAGGUGAAGAAACUGGUGCAUAA